GUGGCACAAGCUACACUCCAAGGCUGGGAAGAAGGAGAAGGAGCGUGGUGAGAUCCUGGUGAGCAUCCAGUUCACACGCCACAACCUCACGGCCAGCAUGUUUGACCUGUCCAUGAAGGACAAGCCGCGGUCGCCCUUCGGCAAGCUGAAGGACAAGGUGAAAGGCAAGAAGAAAUACGACUUGGAGUCGGCCUCUGCCAUCAUCCCCAGCAGCAUGGGCGCCCUCGACAUGGAGGAUGACUACGACAUCGGGGGCAAGAAGUCCAAAGUCAAGGGCUUCUUCUUGAAGAACAAGCUGCGCAAGUCGUCCCUGACGCAAUCCAACACCUCCCUGGGAUCCGACAGCACCAUCUCUUCGGCCAGCCUGGGCUUGGCCGCAAACGUUCCCGAGGUAACCAAAUCCCCGAGCAGACACAGCAGCCUGUCCACAGAGCGCUCUGUGAAAGACUACUUGCCGUCUCCAAAGCUGACCCACAAGAGAGCGUUCAGUGACGAUGUCUCCCAAGUCAGCCCCGUCCUGGAGCCCAAAGCAAUCCAAAGCCUGAAGCCAAAGAACGAUCCCGUGUCCCGGUCUUCCCUCUGCAUCAACGGGAGCCACGUUUACAGCGACGAGCCUGCGCCAAAGAGCCCCGUGUCUGUCCCGCAGAGCUCCGCGCCGCUGUCCGUGCCCGGUGUCCCCAGGCGGUCGGAGGAGGGCUUUGGCUUCACUCCCCUCCAUCCCGACCCCCACGAGGUGCCUUGGGGGGUCAGUAACUUGGAGAGGACGCAGCAGAGAGAUGAGCCCAGGUUCAUCCCGUCUCCUCCAAGCUUAGCCUUGCAAGAAGAACUUAAGGUCUCCACGAAAGCCGUCACUCUCAGUAACCAUCUGGGCAGAGCCAAGAUGGAAGAAAACAGUCGCUUAGAGAACAAGCCGACUCAAGCUGCAACACCCAUGGUCUUCUCCGCGGAGACAACGAAGGACAAACAACCUGAGGAACCGAGGAAGGAAGACAAGAAAGCGAAGGGCGGCCUCUUCCACCAUGGGGGCAACAAGAGCGACGCGGGGAGCAAAGGCCAGGGGGAGAAAGUGGGACCCUCCCACGGCUCGUCCGUCCAGGCGACGGCAGCGGGAGAGGAGAGGAAUAAAACCAGUGGCUGGUUCGGUUCAAAGGAGCCCAAAGAGUCCCCUCAGAAACCCAGACAUAAAGACCCAGAGAGGGAGUCUCCAGCCAAAAGCAUUGGUGUCCCCGUUCCAGAAACUACUCCCCCAUCACAAGGAGACCUUCCUCCUCCGGAUGAGAAACCCGCCGUCCCUCCUCCCCUCUCAGAGUGGGACGAGACCUUCGAUGCUUUUGCGACCAGCAGGCUCAAACCAGAACUGAAGAAGGAAAACUUCUUCGCUUCGGUGGCGGCGGAGGGCAUGGCUUUCAUCGACGAUCCCGACGCAGCCAGCCCAACGGAAAGAGCAGCCGAGCCGGCUCGCGAGAAGGGGACAAAGACGUGGGGGCAAACUUGGGUCGAUGGGAAGGAGGAGAAAAAGCAGCACGCCUACGGUUUGGACAGCCGCGUUUGCAUCGGGAAAUCCAGGGGAAAAAGAGGGUUCAACACCACUAACUGCUGA